AUGAAGAUGAGUACAGAAGACGAAUUCAAUGUAGCAACCAGAUAUCGAACUGUUCGUAAACAUUUAGAUAGUUUAGGAUACAAGCACGCACUUUCUUUGGAUGCCCUUCCAUUGAUAGAAAAAUUGUUAGCUGAUCUUAUUCAAACGACUGAAAGCUUAAAACAUUUUAAAAGCAUUGCACAAGAAAAUAUUGAGGCAUGUUCACAGUUGCAAUUGGCAGCUGAUCCUUAUAAAUGUGACAAUGUGAGACUGGUACAAGAAUGCAACCAGCUUCACACAGAUUUGAUAAAGGCAAAGGAAUGUCAUCAAAAGCAAAUUAGAGACCUUAAGAAGGAAAUACAUAAAUUGGAGCGCGAGUGUAAUGAUCUUCAAUUGGCAUUUUCGCAUAAUUUACAUAGGAUUAAAGAAUUGGAGACUGAAUCUUCUAAGAAGUCGAAGAAAAUUCUGCAGCUUCAGGGAAAAUGUUUAAAACCAAUUAUUAGCAAUGUUGGAUUAGGUAAAUUGUUAUCAUCUGUUUAUAAAAAGUUAAUACAAGAAAAUUGGGUGUGGAUAUACUCUUUUUACUUAUACUUUUUACUUGCAGCUUCUAAAAAACGUCCGUGUUAUCCUCUUCGAAGACCAGUUCUAGAAAGUGAACCAUUGCCAAAGACAGGAGAUAAAACUAAUACAUUGCCAACUUUAAGCACAGUAGAACCAAAAGUUGUUGAUUUAUUAAGCAUGGCAGAUCAUAAAAUGAAUUGUUUGACUCACGAGGUAACAAAAUUAAAGGGGGAACUUUCAACACAAACUGACAAUGUACAAACACUAAAGAGUCAGUUAACUGCCAAGGAAAAAGAAAUUAUACGAUUAAAAAAAAUGUUGGAAGGGGGUAGACCUUAUUCUGCAGUUUCUAAAGAUUGCGCUUGUAAAAAGGCGGAAAGCAAGUUUAUAAUGUCCAAUGAUAAUGUUGCUACUAAUGAAUUAAAGAUUCUUCAACAAGAAAAGUUAGAACUAGAACAACAGUUGAAGGAAGCUCUACAUAAACAACACGAUGCUAUGUCCCAAGCGCUUAAGCUUGCUGAUCGCAACGAAGAAUUGGAGAAGGAAUUGAGAGAUAUAGAUCACAUAGCUUUAGCUGUUGAGGCUGAUUGUAAUUCUACAGUGAAAGAAAAUAAUAAAAGGGUCUCUAAACUGCAGCAAAAGUUACAAGAUGUAAUGACGCAAGUACAUGUGUUAGAAGGUGAAUUGACCGUCGAACAUAGGGUAGUGCAAGAACUAAGAGCAGAUCUCGAAGCUUGUAAGUUGGAAAAACGUAAUAUCCAACGCAAUUUGGAAUCUAUGUUGGACGAAAAGAAACAGAUGACGAAUAGAAUAAAUAUGCUGACUAUAGUUGAAAAGAAUUUAAAUGAUGAAAUAGAAAGAUUGACUAAAGAAAAUGAGAAACAGAGGCAAGAUAUUAUUCAGUUACAGUAUAGCAAUAAACUGUUGAAGGAACAAAUGCAUACAAAAGAAAUUUUACAAGGUGAUGAUGGAGCUGAUUUAAGAGAGAUUAAAGAAAUGCAAAAAAAGAAUGUUCAUAAUAGAGAACAAAACGGAGUAAAUGUUCCAACAAUAAGUAAAGAUAGAGUUGUACAGAAUGUAAAUGGUAUUGGAUAUGAAAAUAUAAUAAAACAAUUGGACGAGAAAGAAGCUCAACUACGUAGUUUAGAACACGCGGUCGAGCAGGCGAGGAGAGAACGAGAUUUCUAUAGAGACGAGUGCAAUAAUAUAAAAGAUUACCAUAGCGAAGUAAUUAGAAAAGAUCAUGAUGAUUUGUGGGCACGAAUUCGAGAAUUAAAGCGUCACUUAAGCGAAAAGGAAAAUGCAUUGGAUGAAUUGCAACGAGAAAAAAAAGAACUGUUUCGGGAAAAAGCUAAUUUGGAAACACGUUUACAAACUUGCAAAACCGAGCACAAAAUGUCUCAUCAUCUGUGCAACGUGUGUAAACAUGGUACCUCGUGCAAGUGUUCUUCGCCAAGUAUGAGGGACAUUAGCAAAACAAAGGGCAUUAUUGAACAUUUGGAGCACGAACGAGACAUUGCACGGGCCGAUGUUGAACGUUUAAUAGAGGAACGCGAUGCGUUACGAGAAAGAUUGAAGAUGGCUACAGAAGCGCAUACAUCCGAACAACGACGCCUUAGAGAAAAUUUGACCGAAGUAGAAACCCGCCUGAAACAGAUAGAGAAAGAACGUCAAGACCUUUUACUUACGCAAGGAGCACGAAGAGCAACAAUAGACGGAUUGGAGGAUCAGCUACAAGACUUACGAGAAGAGCUAAAACGGACCAAACAAGAAUUAGGAACACAACGCACGCAAUAUUUUCAACUUCGGGCACUGCAAGAUCAAACUGAUCAGGCGUUGGGAAAUGCUCAGAAUCAAUUGGCACAAUCACAGUCCGAAUUGAACAAGACGUUGGAUCGCAAUAGAACGAUGGAGCGACAGCAGUUGCAGCUAGAAAAUCAAGUUAAAGAUUUACAGCAAGAGAUUAAUAACUAUAAAGCGAAUAUGACGCAUUUGGAUCAUGAAAAGGAUCGAUUGUUGAUCGCGUUAGAUGAGAAGACGGAAAGGAUAGCUGCCUUGGAGAGAGAAAUAAUGAUGAAAGAUCAACAUGUGAUGGGAAGCGAGCAACACAUUCACGAACUCCAGCAGAAAAACGAAAUAUGCGUCGACCAAAGCGCGGAACAAGAGAGGCAGCUGAGGUCGAUGCAGUCGGAGAUGGACAAUCUUCAGCGACAGUUGCAAUCGUCCAACUACGACCGGGAGAACGCAAUUCAGGAAAUCCGAAGGGUCCAGGACGAUUUGGCAGCGGUCACUUGCGAAGUGAGAAACAUGCAACACGAAUUGGACGCGUCUCGCGCCGAGUCCAUCCAUUUGAAGAAGCAACUGCAAACUUAUGUUAGCAAGGUGCGCCGGGCUGAGGAACUGCUUACCAGAAAGGAAAACGAGAGAUCGGAAAUGUGGAACCGCUGUUGCAGUUUGAGUAUGGUUUUGGAGAAGAACAACCACACCUUAGAGUCCGAAGCAGCAGAAGCGAGAGGAGCACUCCAAUCAGCUAGGGACCAAUUGUUAGAUAUGGAACGACAAUUGGCUGAUAAAGAUGGCUUGAUAAGAAGCUAUGAAACACAGAUCAGCGAGUUGACACAAAAUGUUGCCAGUAUGGAAACCCAAUUGCGCGCACAAGAGGACGAGAAACAAAGAGCAGAGGCUAAUUUAUGUGCUCUUAAAGAUCUCUGUCUAACACUGAAUGAACAAAAAGACACGCUUAUGCAUCAACUCGAUGAUAACGAUACGCUUAAAACAAAGUAUGAUAUGCAAAUAGCCAAACUGACGGCGGAGCAGGCUUCGAUCGAAGACCAAAUGAACAAAGAUCGCGCGACGGUGGAACGCCUCGAGAUGCUUUUGGAUCAAGCGAGACAGGAGGCUAUGACCAUGCAGGCUAAUAACCAGAAGCUCAGGAACGAAAUGUUCAAAUUAAGGCAAAAGAUGUCUGAACUGCAAAACAAAUUAUCCUCAGAAUCGGCGAAACUGCGGGAAUAUCAAACACAGGCGGCUGAAUAUUGCAAACAGAUUAGCGAACUACGUAGGCAAGUGACAAACGAGAGAUUCGACCGUGCGAGAAAGGAUGAGGAGAGUCGCAGGUCUUUAAAUUCAACACCCGACAGUUUUAACGUAGAUUUAAACGUGGUUAUAUAAAAACUAUCACUUAACGUGCCCCCGAUUGAUAGAUAUUUACAGAACGAAAGAAACGAAGAGCACGAUGUCACCACUGAC